AGAGGGAGAAAGAAAGAGAGAGAUGGAAGAAGAAGAAGAUAGAGGCAGAGUUUGUGUAACGGGUGGAACAGGAUAUGUAGCAUCCUGGCUGGUGAUGAGGCUUCUUCAGCAUGGUUACACAGUCCAUGCCACUACUAGAUCAGACCCCGACGGCAGAAAAGACAUCAGCUAUAUCACAAAGUUAGCAGGAGCAUCAUCAGAGAAGCUAAAAAUUUUCAAUGCAGAUCUCAGUGAUCCAGAAAGCUUCAACGCAGCCAUUGAAGGUUGCGUGGGAGUGUUUCACAUAGCUCACCCUAUGGAUAAUGACAAAGAGGGAGAAGAAACAGUGACAAAACGUGCCGUCGAAGGAUUGUUAGGCAUUUUAAAGGCAUGCUUGAAUUCAAAGACAGUGAAACGAGUUGUUUACACUUCUAGUGUCGCCACCAUAGCUUAUAAUGACAAAAGUGGCGAUAUAUUGGAUGAAAGUACGUGGAGCGACGUUGAAAUGUGUAGAAACUUCGAUAAUUUAAGCAUGGCAUAUUUGGUUUCCAAGAUUACAACAGAAAAGACGGCCUUGGAAUAUGCAGAAAAACAUGGCUUAAAUCUUGUAUCUCUGGUUCUUCCCUUGGUUGUUGGACCUUUCAUUUGCCCUAAUAUGCCUUCAUCCGUUUACAUUUUUCUCACUAUGAUAUUGGGGAAACAAGAUAAAUAUAAAUAUCUUUUUUAUACAUAUAAUAUGGUGCACAUCGAUGAUGUGGCUUCUGCACAAAUCUUUCUUCUUGAAUAUCCUGAUUCGAAGGGAAGGUACAUUUGUUCAUCAGUCAAACUGACCAUUGAUGAAAUGUUCGAGUACUUCUCAACCAAAUACCCAGAAUUUGAACUACCAUCAGCAGAACGUUUGCAGAAGAUUAAAGCGUAUAAAAGACUUGGAAUUUCAUCAAAAAAGCUCUUGGAUUGUGGGUUUAAGUUUAAAUAUGGGCCUGACGACAUGUUUGAUGGUGCUGUUCAAUGCUGCAGAGAGAAAGGUUUUCUGUAGAGUGCAAAUCAUGCAGUUUCCUCGUAAAAAUUGUACAUGUACAAUUAUUUUCAUUUUAGUGUGUGGAUAUAUAAAUUC